AUGAAUGGCUCAGACGAGGCGAAGACAAAGUUCUAUGAGGACCUGCACGCCCUCUUGGCGUCUGUACCGAAGGCAGAUAAUUUUGUUGUCCUUGAUGAAUUUAACGUCCGCGUCGGGACAAACUGCGUCGCCUGGAUAGGAGCGUUGGAUCCUCAUGGAAUCGUAGGUUGCAGCGACAAUGGCCUCCUUCUUCUGCGAAUCUGCACUGGACUCUGCCUCCUCCUGACCAACGCAUUCCUUUGCAUUCUGAAGCGGGAGAAGGCGACCUGGACGCACCCUCCGUUGCGACAGUGGCACUUGCUAGGCUACGUCCCCCUCCGGAGGCGAGACCAGCAGGACGUGCUGGUGACAAAGGCGAUCCUGGACGCCGACGGAUUGACCGACCAUUGCCUCGUUAUUUCCAAGCUAAGGUCCCAUCUGCAAUCCCGCAGAAGGCCACAAAUUAAGCGAACCUCAAGUACUCCGAGGCACACAGUCCAGUCAACAGCCCUGGAUGUCUUCGGUCGCGAAAGUCAUCAGCACCAGGACUGGUUCGACGACAAAGACGUCGUCAUCAGCAAUCUGCUCGACAAGAAGAGCCGGCUGCAAAAAGCCUACGUUAACCUCCUUACCGACUCAAGCAAGGCAGCCUUCUGCCGAAAUCGCUACCUUGCACAACAGCGAUUGCAGAAAGUGUAG